AUGGAAACUAAAAAAGAUAUAGAGUUAAAUCCAAUAGUAUCGGAAUUAAAAGAUGCUUCAGUUGAACAAUCUGAUAGUAAUUCUUCAAAUUCAAUGCCUCCAACUGAAUUAAAAGGUUGGGCUAAAUUUAGAGAUGGGUUCAGAAGGCAAACUUUUGAUGAUGUGGAAGCUGGGAAACAAUUAUCAAAAAGUAUCAGUAAACGUCAUUUGAUUUUAAUGGCCCUUGUAACCGGUGUUGGUACUGGUCUUUUAGUGGGGUCUGGACGUGUGUUACAUAAUGCUGGUCCUUUAUUCCUUAUUCUUGGUUAUGCCAUUGUUGGUUCUUUCUUAUAUCCAACUCUUCAAGCUGCCGGUGAAAUGGCGGUUAAUUAUAGUGAUUUAUCUGGUGGUUAUAAUAAUUAUCCUCGUAAAUUUAUCGAUGAAUCAUUAGCUUUUGCAAUCACUUGGAAUUAUUGUAUUCAAUGGCUUUCUGUUAUUGCUAUUGAAUUGGUUACUGCUGCCAUGACCAUUCAAUAUUGGACUGAAGCAGUUAAUCCUGAUGUUUGGGUUGCUAUCAUUUUAGUCGUUAUUGUUGUCAUUAACUUUUUCGGUGCCAGAGGUUAUGGUGAAGGUGAAUUUGUUUUGGGUUCUUGUAAACUUUUAAUGAUUACUGGAUUCAUUAUUAUGGGUAUAGUUAUUAAUGUUGGUGGUGGUCCAGAAAAACAAUUUAUUGGGGGUAAAUAUUGGCAUAAUCCUGGUUUCUAUACCAGUUUCAAAGGUCUUUGUUCAGUUUUCGUUACUGGUGCCUUUUCUUUAGGUCAAUCUGAAUUCGUUGCCUUAUCUGCUGCUGAACAAAAGAAUCCAAGAAAGUCUAUUCCAAAUGCUUGUAAAUUAAUCUUUUGGAGAAUUGUUAUUUUAUUCUUGGGUUCUUUAACCAUUGUUGGUUUGUUAGUUCCUUAUAAUUCCGAUAGACUUAUGGGUUCUCACGGUGGUGGUUCUCAUGCAUCUCCAUUUGUAUUAGCUGCUGAACUUCAUGGUGUAUCAAUUUGUGCUUCUAUCAUUAAUGCUGUUAUUCUUCUUUCUGUUACUUCAGUUGCAUCUUCAUCAUUAUAUUCUGCAUCAAGAACCUUACAAUCAUUAGCUGAACAACAUUUUGCUCCAUCAUAUUUCAAUUAUAUUGAUAAAACCGGUAGACCAUUAAGAGCAUUGAUCAUUUGUACUAUUAUCGGUUUAUUCUCAUUUAUUGCUGCAUUCAAUCAACAAGAAACUGUUUUCAACUGGUUAUUAUCUAUUUCUGGUCUUUCCCAAAUUUUCACUUGGUUUGGUAUUUGUAUGUCCCACAUUAGAUUCAGAGCUGCAUUAAAAUAUAAUAACGUUUCCUUAGAUUCAUUAGGUUAUGUUUCUUCAACUGGUAUCAUUGGUUCAUGGUAUGCCAUUGUUUGGUAUAUUCUUGUUUUAAUCGGACAAUUCUGGUUAGCUUUAUUCCCUAUUGGAAGUGAUAUUCCAAAUGUAUCCAAUUUCUUCCAAAAUUAUCUUGGUGCUAUCGUUUUACUUUUAUUCUAUUUUGGUCAUAAGAUUUAUGCUAAAAAUUGGAAAAUUUACAUUAGAGUUGAAGAUAUGGAUAUUCAUACCAAUAGAACUAUAUUCGAUGAAGAAGUUCUUAAUUUGGAAAAGCAAGAAGAAGCGCAAAGAAGAAAACAUUACUCCUUUAUUAAAAAGAUUGCUAUUUUCUUAUUUGCUUAG